UUAUUUAUAAUAAAAAUGCUAAAACUUUGUUAAAAAAUAAACAGAAUUUCAUAAAUUUCAGUCAAAUAUUUAAAUACAUUAAAUAAACAAAACCUAGAGCAAUCUGACUAAGAAAUAUACUAAAUAAUUAAGAACGAAGAAAAAAGACAAUUAUAAGGUAUAACAUUAAUAGCAUCUGAAAAUCAUUGUUCAUAAGCAGUAUUAGAUGCAUUAGGUAGUGGUAUGCAUUAUAAAUAUAAUGAAGGUUUAGUGGAAUAAAAACAAUAAAUGGGUUGCUAAUUCGUAAACGAGAAUGAAUAAUUAUGUUAAAAAAGAGCAUUGGAGACAUUUCGUUUAAAUCCAUAAGAAUGGGGAUGUACUGUCCAGUCAUAUUCAGGAGCAAUAGCUAAUAUGAAUGUUUAUAAUGGUUUAUUGUAACCCCACGAUAGAAUUAUGGGACUUGACUUACCUGACGGAGGACAUCUGUCUCAUGGAUUUUAAACAAAAUAAAAAAAAAUAUCUUUUAUUUCAUAAUACUUUGAAUCUUAGCCUUAUAAAGUGAAUGAAAAAACAGGAUUAAUAGAUUAUGAUAAAUUAGAAUAAUAAGCUAAAAUAUAUAACCCAAAGAUUAUCGUUGCAGGAGCUAGUUCUUAUUCAAGACUUAUUGAUUACGAAAGAAUGCUAAAAAUAGCUGAUGAUUGCGGAGCUUAUUUGCUCGCUGAUAUGGCUCAUAUUUCUGGUUUAGUGGCAGCUAAUGUUAUUCCUUCCCCUUUUAGUUUUUCUCAUAUUGUAACUACUACUACCCAUAAAAGUUUAAGAGGUCCAAGAGGUAGUAUGAUUUUUUAUAGAAAAGGAAUACGAAAAGUUGAUAAAAAAGGAAAUAAAAUUAUGUAUGAUCUUGAUGAGCAUAUAAAUAAAUCUUUAUACCCAAGCUUAUAAGGAGGUCCUCAUAAUCAUACUAUAUCUGCUCUAAGUGUAGCACUUUUAUAAGCUUAAACUAAAGAAUUUAAAGUAUAUUAAGAACAAACAUUAAAAAAUGCUAAGGCUUUAGCAAAUGCAUUUUUGAAAAAAAAUUAUAAACUAGUUUCCGGAGGGACUGAUAACCAUCUAGUUUUAGUAGAUAUGAGAAGUAAAAAUACUGAUGGAGCUAGAGUUGAAAUUAUUUUGGAAUAUAUAAAUAUUUAUACUAAUAAAAAUACUGUUCCUGAUGAUAAAAGUGCAUUAGUACCAAGCGGAAUAAGAUUAGGUACUCCUGCUAUGACUACAAGAGGAUUAUUAGAAAAAGAUUUUGAAUAAGUAGUUGAGUUUAUCGAUAAUGCAGUAUAAAUAAUCCCUUAAAUUAUGAAAAAAGUAGAACCUAAAGUUGCUGAUUUCAAAAAUUAUGUUAAGUAAAACCAUUAAAAUAUAUAGGAAAUAGUUUAACUGAGAAAUUAAAUUUAAAAGUUCUCAUAAUAAUUUGAAGUUCCUGGUGUUAAUUUUUGA